UCAAGAGGGAGCUGGAGGCGCCCCUUGUGGCGGGAGGGCCCCAGGGUCACGGUGGGAAUGGGAGACUGAGGUUACACUGAAUGGCAGUGCAGGCUCUUGGGCCUACUCGUGCACCUUAUUUCCACACACAUUGCACGGACAACAGCACGCUCCCCUCUGUACCUUCGAACGCCGACCUUUGACCUGUGCACCGGGCAACACGCUGACGUCCUGGGCGAAGCCUGAGUUGCUCUUUGCUGAUUGGGUGCGCCCUGUGCAGCACGAUUGGCCCUCCGGGUGGGCCCCGCUUAAGCCGUUGGCCUGGACCACACCCCCCCACACCGAGAGCGGCACGGCGCAGCCUCAGUUUGUGCGUCACCAUUUCUGGGUCCCCUUCCGCGGUCGAGCGGGCGGCCUCUGUCAGUUGGAGAGGAAGUGUGUUACACAAUUCUCUUCCCGCCCGGAUCCCUUGUUCCGGGGUGUCCCUGGAAACGGAGCACCACCGGAAGUGAGUGUGGAGAAGAUGGCGGCGGGUGUGUUCGGCGCUUGGAGCGGGCGGGGAGGGCGGAUCUCGGCUCGGACACGGCCCGCGCUCAGCAGCUGGCUCCUGCUUUUCCUGCCCUACCUCGGACUCGGGCUGGUACCGUCCGCCGCCGACAUGACGGACGGCAACAGCGAGCACCUGAAGCGGGAGCACAGCCUGAUGAAGCCGUAUCAGGGAGUGGGCUCCAGUUCAAUGCCUCUGUGGGAUUUUAGUGGGAGCACCAUGUUGACGGGUCAUUAUGUCCGCCUUACACCUGAUGAGCGCAGUAAAAGUGGAUCAAUCUGGAAUCGAGUGCCGUGCUACUUGAAAGACUGGGAGCUCCAUGUCCAGUUCAAAGUUCACGGGACUGGGAAAAAGAAUCUUCAUGGUGACGGGUUAGCUAUUUGGUACACAAAGGAUCGCCUAAAUCCUGGCACCGUGUUUGGAAGCAAAGAUAAAUUUCAUGGUUUAGGGCUGUUCAUAGACACGUAUCCCAAUGAUGAGAGUGCUGAUCGGGUGUUUCCAUAUGUCUCCGCGAUGGUCAACAAUGGGACACUUCCCUAUGACCACAGCAAAGAUGGACGCAGUUCUGAGCUUUCUGGAUGCCCUGCAGAACUCCGUAAUGUAGAUCAUGACACAUAUUUGGCAAUUCGUUACUCCAGGGGCAGAUUAACGGUGAUGACGGAUGUUGAAGACAAGAAUGAAUGGAAGGAGUGCAUCGAUAUCAGUGGGGUCAGACUGCCCACUGGUUAUUUCUUUGGUGCAUCUGCAGCCACGGGAGACCUAUCAGACAACCAUGAUGUUAUCUCCAUGAAACUUUACCAGCUGACAGUGGAGCACUCGCUGGAGGAUGAAAACAUUGACUGGACAAAAAUUGAGCCGAGCGUCAGUUUUCUGAAAUCUCCUAAAGAUAACAUCGAUGAUCCUACGGGAAAUUUUCGGAGUGGGCCCAUGACAGGCUGGAAAAUCUUCCUGCUCCUCCUUUGCGCGUUGCUCGGGAUCGUUGUGUGUGGCAUGGUGGGCGCUGUAGUCUUCCAGAAACGCCAAGAGCGCAACAAGCGGUUUUACUGAACGGAAACCGUCUCAGUGGGCCUUUACAAUGUGAAGCAUUCUUUUUCUACAAGAUGGUUUGUACAACACGAGGUGUUUAUAUCCAGAAAGGAGAACAGAGAUCAAAAAUAUUUUCAUAUAUUUCUAUGAGAUGAUCUGGGGGGCUGGUGAUGACGAUGAAUAAAGAGGGGGAGUGAGUGGAUAUCACACA